CGAUGAUUUUCUAUGUUUUGCUGGACAACUCGCUUGCCGGUGUGUGUUUUUGUGGGUGUUUUUCGCAGAAAAGCCACAGUAAUUCAGUGAAGUUCUGACUAAAUUACGCUACAUUCCGCGGUAGAAGAGCUCAGGCGCCUCCAAAAUGAUCACAGACGUGCAAUUGGCCAUCUUCUCCAACGUCCUGGGCGUUUUCCUGUUCCUCCUGGUCGUAGCGUAUCACUACAUCAACGCGAACAUGGGAGUGACGAGAUCCAUUCCUCCGGCCGGGAAACACAAGUAGAACACAGGAAGGCGAAUACAAUUUUUCUCACUAUUUUUUAUUGAUAAAAUGUUUCUCUAGAUAAGAUUGGCAUUCACAAACGGAAUGAUUCUCUAAGUUUUAUUUAUUGUACAAAAAAUCAUCCUUAAAAUAUCCGGGAGGAAGUCUACUGAAACCUGAAGCUCUCGCCGGAAUACAUAUCUCACAAGUCACACGGAAAA